AUGAGUGGAAAAUUAGACAGUCCGACGGUCCAGGAGGUCCAGAAGGACCUGGGGGACGAACAAGAACUGUCCCAUAGCCGGGUUGUCGAUUGGACCAUCGAGGAAGAGAAGAAGGCAAAGCGCAAACUGGACUUGAUCAUCAUGCCCAUUCUGACGCUUGGAUUCUUUUGUCUACAACUCGAUCGCGGCAACAUGGCCAACGCCAUCACCGACAACUUCAUGAGCGAUGUCGGCAUCAACCAGGACCAGUUCAACGUGGGCCAGCAGAUGCUGUCGCUCGGCAUCGUGCUGACCGAGAUCCCCGCCAACAUGAUCCUCUACCGCGUCGGCCCUGGCAAGUGGCUCACGCUGCAGCUCUUCCUCUUUGGCACCGUCAGCACGUUCCAGGCCUUUCAGCGCGGCUACGGCGCCUUCAUCGCCACGCGCUUCCUGCUCGGCAUCACCGAGUCGGGCUUCAUCCCCGGCGGCCUCUGGACGCUCUCGACGUGGUACACGCGCACCGAGACGGCCAAGCGCGUCAUGGUCUUUUACUUUGGCAACCAGAUCGGCCAGGCCUCGGCCAAGCUGCUCGCCUUUGGCAUCCUGCACAUGCGCGGCGUCGGCGGCCAGCCCGGCUGGUUCUGGCUGUUUGCCCUCAUGGGCGCCUUUACCGUCUUCAGCGGCCUCAUCUUUGGCUUCUGCCUGCCCGACUCGUUUCGCAACCCGUGCAGCACGUUCCUGCCGAAACACUCGUGGUUCACGCCGCGCGAGAUUCACAUCCUGCAGACGCGUGUCCUGAUUGACGAUCCUAUGAAGGCACACAAGAAGAAGAGGAUCCCGCUGGGCGCCUUCAAGCGAGCGGCAACAUUCGACACCUACGCGCCCUCCAUCGUGACGAGUUUCGGCUACAAGGGUCUGAGCAGCAACGCGCUGGCCGCCGUCGGUCUUUUCCUGCAGGUUCCCGUGUCCUUUGCCUUUAGUUGGUUCUCCGACAAGUUCAAUCGUCGCGGCGAGACGGUCAUGCUCGGCCUGUUUGGCCACUUGCUAGGCUACAUCCUGAACCGCGCCUUUACCCAGGUCAACUCGCGCGGCGUGCGCUACUUUGGCGUCAUCUGGACGCAAAUAUUUGGCACCUUUUCGCACCCGCUCAACAUUGCGUGGCUCUCGUUGACCUGCCACGACUCGGAGCAGCGUGCUCUUGCCAUGGCUGGUGUCAUUAUGAAUGCGAAUAUUGCGGGCAUCUACGGCGCCCAAAUAUUCCGCAGCGACGAUAAGCCGCUCUACAGAAGAGGAUUUAGCGUCGCCAUCGCCAUCUUGUCUUUUGGCUUCGUGUUGGCCACUGCUCGCUGGGCUGAGCAGCUGCUUCGGUUGCGCAGAAAGAGACGAAGCGUGGCGGCAUAA